CCCCCCGCCCCCCGCUCCGAGCUGGACGCCCCUCUACCCGCAAGAUGUGGCACAACGUGGGGCUGACCCUGCUGAUGUUCGUGGCCACCCUGCUGAUCGUCCUGCUGCUGAUGGUGUGCGGUUGGUAUUUUGUGUGGCAUCUUUUUCUAUCGAAAUUCAAGUUUCUGCGGGAACUGGUGGGAGACACAGGAUCCCAGGAGGGAGAUCAUGAACCUUCAGGGUCUGAAACCGAAGAGGACACUUCCUCAUCUCCACACAGGAUCAGAUCUGCUCGCCACAGGAGGGUGCCUGCUGAGGAAGGCCACUGACCCCCACCGUCAUCCUGUGGGAGCGGCUGAUGAAAGGCAGCGAUCCUCGGUCUUUGCAGUUGCUAAAAUAUUGGAGAGCAUUUGUACUUGGACUUCAGGUCCAAUUCAAAAAAAGAUUUACAUGUAAGCCAUAUGAACAUAAAGGGAAUUUAAACCAAAUUGGACCAUUACAAAUUUUAUGUUAAAGAUAAUCUUUUGCUUUACUAGCUUUUACUUAUAUACUUAUUCCUUGGCUCUUGGGCUUAUUGUUUUUGCACUAUUGUGAAUCUGUUAAACAUUACAGGCUUGAACACUGUAUUUUAUUAGUUCUAUAAUGUACUCCCCCCGCCACAUUUUAACUUUUCUGAACUUGGGAUACAUCUCACUAUUCCUGUCAACCAGGCAAUAGUUGAUGUAAUUAUCCUAGCCUGUGUGUGUGUGUGUGAGUUCACAGGUUGUCAUAGUGUCAUCACUGUGUCAUUGCUAUCAAAUGUGUCAGAUUUAAUUGGUACUUAAAAAUGUCUUCUAAAAGAUUUCACUAUGAUUCAGCACUGAAAUGAAGUUGUGUAUGCAGACAAGCAUGGAAGCAGAGCAGUGGGGCAUACAUUUGAUAGUAGCGAAGCAAAUAUCCGUCGCUAGAGGAAUGACUGCAAUUCCAUAUUUUCUUGUAAAGCAACAACAAAAUGCUUUAUAGGCCCUAAGAAGGGAAGACACCCACAAGUAAAGUUGUACGACAUUCUGUCACUGAGACACAUGCAGAAGGAUUGCCUGUCACACGCUGAGUGCUGCAGUGAAGGUGGGAGAAAUUGCCAAAACCUUGGAAUCGAUGAAACACAACUCAAAGCAGCGAGAGGCUGGUUCGAUCGAUUCCUGUCAGGCAAUACCAAUGUCGUUAAGGUGUCAAACAUGUUUGUCCAAAGCUUCCUGCUGUCAUUAAGCAGAAGACAGUUGUAGAGCCUCCUUUCCAGAAAUGCUUUUGAUGACGCCAAGGGGGCCGUUGUGAGGAGAAGGCAGGUUUCAGUGACUGAUCUAAGAAGUGAUCCAGAAAAGUUGCACUCAGAGUAUGAAGUUAUAGUAUAACUUAACCAGUUUAUUUCAUAACACUUACAUAUGCACAAGACUGUGAUAAAAGUCUGUUUAAUUCAAAAAGUUCUGUUUCAGUAAAUAUAAAAUAAACAUUCUACGUGAUA